AAUAAUAAUAAAAGGUAAUAGUGAAUGGCAGGGGUAAUGGCGGCUGGAAUGAUGGGGGUGUUAAGGAUGGGAAUAUUCCGAUGGCCAUCACCCGGGACACUCCUUUGGAACGCCCCAAGGGGGGUUCUCUUUCUUUCACCCCGCCGUCCAAUCAGCUACAGUCCCUUUCGAUGCGCAGCGGCUUCAGAUUCCAACGGAGGAGGAAAUAAGAAGGCGUCGACGCGGCUGUCACAGGUUCAACAGCAAAUGCGCGAAGCCAUAGAAAGGUCUGCUGGAGCCAAUGAACCCAUUCCUAAAGUUACCUUAGAUCAGGUUACUGUGAGCUUUGCUAGGAGUGGCGGACCUGGUGGUCAAAAUGUGAACAAAGUUAACACUAAGGUGGAUAUGAGAUUUAAUGUCCAGGCAGCACAUUGGCUAAGUCAGAGAGUUAGAGACAAAAUCCUACAGAUGGAAAAGAAUCGAAUCAAUAAAGAUGGUGAGCUUGUGAUAUCCUCCACAAAGACCAGAACACAGAAGGGUAACAUUGAGGAUGCCCUGGAGAAAAUACAGGCUAUCAUUGAGGCUGCUUCAUAUGUCCCACCACCUCCAUCAGAAGAACAAGUAAAGAAAAUCACUAAAUUAGCUGCUGCAGCAGAGCACAAAAGGCUUCAGAAUAAGAAGGUCCUUUCGCAGAAGAAAGCAUUGAGAAGAAGCCGUGACAGUUAUGACUAGUACCGAAUGGCAAUAGGUUUCAAAAUUUCAUCUAGCAUAGCUCAUUGUGAAUUAAUAAUUAUAAAAGCACAUAAAUUGGGAGAUGCGUGUUUCUGUGCAUGAUCAUGGAUGGUAUGAAAAAGAUGUACAGAACAUAUUGUUGACUGUUUAGGAAAAUGUCCUGGUUUGUUGGAGCUCUUCAAACUUGAAGUGAUCCAUGACUAGGCUAAAGGUGAGGAGGAGACUAAAAUGGGCAAAGUAGGUAGGACUUUGUUGGCCAUUUGUUUUGAGCAACUGGGUGAAUAGCCAUUGUGCCUCCAUUUCAAUAAUUUGUUUGUAACUAUUCUUUCAAAAAUGAGACACAAAAAAGGUUCAAUAUAUAAUCUGUAAAAUAAAUUACAUUUAAUUGGUGUAUAUAGACAACAAGAAAUUAAAUCGAAA